GAUUCCGGAAGGGGCUGUGCAGUUGUGGCGGCGGUUUCUGCGUUGGUUAGUGUUUCUUUUCUGCGGGAGCAGCGAGAUACACAGCAGCAUCAUGGUGGAGGAGGUACAGAAACAUUCUGUGCACACACUUGUGUUCAGGUCACUGAAGAGGACCCAUGACAUGUUUGUAGCUGAUAAUGGAAAGCCUGUGCCUUUGGAUGAAGAGAGUCACAAACGAAAAAUGGCAAUCAAGCUGCGUAAUGAGUAUGGUCCUGUGUUGCAUAUGCCUACUUCAAAAGAAAAUUUUAAAGAAAAGGGCCCUCAGAAUACAUCAGAUUCGUAUGGUCAUAAACAGUAUCCUGCCAAUCAAGGACAAGAAGUUGAAUAUUUGGUGACGGGUACACAUCCAUAUCCACCAGGACCUGGUGUUGCUUUGACAGCAGAUACUAAGAUCCAGAGAAUGCCAAGUGAGUCAGCAGCCCAAUCCUUAGCUGUGGCAUUACCUUCUUCACAGGCUAGAGUUGAUGCAAAUCGUAGUGCCGCCGCUGGAGGUGAAUUCCGACAUUCUGGGACUUCUGACCGUUCACAGCCCGCAGGGGUGACUUCGGUGGUUAUGGAGGGUGGCAAUGCCAAGAACUCUGCACUGAUGGCUAAAAAAGCCCCUACAAUGCCAAAACCCCAGUGGCACCCGCCGUGGAAACUCUACAGGGUGAUCAGUGGACAUCUUGGUUGGGUUCGAUGUAUUGCUGUGGAACCUGGAAAUCAGUGGUUUGUUACUGGAUCUGCUGACAGAACUAUAAAGAUUUGGGACUUGGCUAGUGGCAAAUUAAAGCUGUCAUUAACGGGACACAUCAGUACAGUGCGUGGUGUGAUAGUAAGCACGAGGAGCCCGUACCUGUUCUCCUGUGGAGAAGACAAACAAGUCAAAUGCUGGGAUCUUGAAUAUAACAAGGUUAUAAGGCACUAUCAUGGACAUCUAAGUGCAGUGUAUGGUUUGGAUUUGCACCCAACAAUCGAUGUGCUAGUUACCUGUAGUCGAGAUUCAACUGCACGGAUUUGGGAUGUGAGAACUAAAGCCAGCGUACACACAUUAUCUGGCCAUACGAAUGCAGUUGCUACAGUGAGGUGUCAAGCUGCAGAACCACAGAUUAUUACUGGAAGCCAUGACACUACAAUACGAUUAUGGGAUUUGGUGGCUGGAAAAACAAGAGUCACGUUAACAAAUCACAAAAAAUCAGUCAGGGCUGUUGUUCUACAUCCAAGACAUUACACAUUUGCAUCUGGUUCUCCAGAUAACAUAAAACAAUGGAAAUUCCCUGAUGGAAGUUUCAUUCAAAAUCUUUCUGGUCAUAAUGCUAUUAUUAACACAUUGACAGUAAAUUCUGAUGGAGUGCUUGUAUCUGGAGCUGACAAUGGCACUAUGCAUCUUUGGGACUGGAGAACUGGCUACAAUUUCCAGAGAGUUCAUGCAGCUGUGCAGCCUGGGUCUUUGGACAGUGAAUCAGGAAUAUUUGCUUGUGCUUUUGAUCAGUCUGAAAGUCGGUUAUUAACAGCUGAAGCUGAUAAAACCAUUAAAGUGUACAGAGAGGAUGAUACAGCGACAGAAGAAACUCAUCCAGUCAGCUGGAAGCCAGAAAUUAUCAAGAGAAAGAGAUUUUAAUGUGGCAUUGUCUUCAUGGUGGUUCCAUUUUUUUUUUUUUUUUUUUUAGCUUGGCGUUGACGAGGAUAUCCAGUCAUUUUGUGCUCUGGCUAGGAAUAUAAAGCAGAAACUCACGUGCUUGAAUCAUUGUUGCUUCAUAUUUUACAAUAAACUGCCCCCUCCCCCACGUUUUUAUUUCUAAAAUAAACAAUUUGAGAUCUUAGGAAGUAAGGUACAGUUAUCAAGCAUUUGCAGGUGUGUUGAACAUAACUAUUCUAAAGAUAGAAUAUUUUUUUUCAGUUUUAUUAAAAGACACCUUUUUUUUUAAACUUACAAAACUGCUUUCCAUAGUAGGACAUGUUUUGAGGGGAGCAGUCUUUUUUUUUAAUCCUUUAAACUAGUAUCUGUGACUAAUAACUGGGAUUAAAGGAUUUGAAGUCUUAAUUUAA